UAAAGUGCUGGACUCGGAAGCUGGCACAUUGCAAGCGUUCAGUGAAUGUCAGCUGUUAUUAGCAGCUAAUACAGGUUUGUAGGUUUAAAGAAAAGUCAUUGACUGGGCUGGGCUCACUGUUGGUUCUGUUUGCUUCUUCCUUCAGCCCCUGUUCUUCGCUGAGAGGAAGUCCAGGUGAUGGCAGCCAUAACCCCGAAAGCCUGGUACCAGGAUACCUGGUUUAUAGACUUUCCCUGAUCUCACUUCUGGAGGAAGGGGAUUUGCCUUGGAGCCUGGAGGCACAGGAUGACGCACCUGCAGAGAGCACCACAGUCUUGUCUAAAGAUCUCUGAGGAUCCCAGGUUAGAAAGCACCGCGCGGGGAGCAAAGACUACAACCACCGAGCCGUGCGCUCAGGUAUCCUAGAGAGGAAGCACGUGAGGCCGGGCGACGGGCCUCUGUGACGUCCAUCCGGUCACGCGCGUUGUGCGCUUUUCGUGAGCCACUGCCCUUCACUGAGAGGAAUCCCAGGUGAUGGCAACCAUGCCCCUGAAAGCCUGGCACCAGGAGAUGGUGACCUUCGAAGAUGUGGCUGUGUAUUUAACCCAGGCAGAAUGGGCUAUCCUUUCUUCCACACAGAGGGCCCUUUACAGAAGUGUGAUGCUGGAGAAUUACGGGAACUUGACAUCACUGGGAUACCCAGUUCCCAGACCUGCCCUGAUCUCACUUCUGGAAAGAGGGGAUUUGCCUUGGGGCCUGGAGGCACAGGAUGACCCACCUGCAGAGAGGACCACACUCAUCUAUAAAGAUACUGAGGCCAACACUGACAAUGGGUCCACAUCAACACAGGGAGUUUCUGAAAACAGAGAUGUGAUGUCACAUGGUCUGCAGAAGAGUGUUCUUCAGAGAACCAGCUUCCUAGAAACAUAUAAACUGAAGAAGCACCAGGAAAUUUCCACAGUGAAAAAUGUUAGAGGAAAGGUUCCAGGAAUCCUCUGUGAUAGGAAACCCUUCAGAUGUGAAGAGUGUGGGAAAUGCUUCAGCUAUUUUUCUUGCUAUGUUAUACAUGAAAGAAUUCACACUGGGGACAAACCCUUUGAGUGUAAUGAGUGUGGAAAAGCUUUUACUAGUAAUUCCUCAUUAAUUUGGCAUCAGAGGAUCCACAAUGGAGAGAAACCCUAUCAGUGUGAGGAGUGUGGGAGAGCAUUCAGUGAUAAUACAAACCUGAUCAGGCAUCAGAGAAUCCACAGUGGGGACAGAUCCUAUCACUGCAAGGACUGUGGACAUGAUUUCACCAGUAGUUCUGAGUUUGUUAUGCAUCAGAGAAUCCACACAGCAGAGAAGCCUUACAAGUGUAAUGAGUGUGGAAAAGCUUUUGCUGUUAAGUCAACAUUACGUCAGCAUCAGAGGAUCCACAGUGGAGAGAAAUCCUAUUCAUGUGCGGAGUGCGGGAAAUCCUUUACUGCCAAUUUCUCAUUAAUUCGACAUCAGAGGAUCCACAAUGGAGAGAAACCGCAUCAGUGCGAGGAGUGUGGGAGAGCCUUCAGUGAUAAUGCACAUCUGAUCAGGCAUCAGAGGAUCCACAGUGGGGACAGACCCUAUCACUGUGAGGAGUGUGGAAAUGGCUUCACCAGUAGUUCUGAUUUGGUUAAACAUCAGAGAAUCCACACUGGGGAGAGACCUUACAAGUGUAAUGAGUGUGGAAAAGCUUUUGCUAUUAAAUCAACAUUACGUCAGCAUCAGAGGAUCCACAAUGGAGAGAAACCCUAUCAGUGUGAGGUGUGUGGGAGAGCCUUCAGUGAUAAUGCAAAUCUGAUCAGGCAUCAGAGGAUCCACAAGGGAGAGAAACCCCAUCAGUGUGAGGUGUGUGGGAGAGCCUUCAGGGAUAAUGCAUAUCUGAUCAGGCAUCAGAGGAUCCACAAUGGAGAGAAACCCCAUCAGUGUGAGGAAUGUGGGAGAGCCUUCAGUGAUAAUGCAUACCUGAUCAGGCAUCAGAGGAUCCACAAUGGAGAGAAACCCCAUCAGUGUGAGGUGUGUGGGAGAGCAUUCAGUGAUCAUGCAAAUCUGAUCAGGCAUCAGAGAAUCCACAGUGGGGACAGACCCUAUCACUGCGAGGAGUGUGGGAAUGGCUUCACCAGUAGUUCUGAUUUGGUUAAACAUCAGAGAAUCCACACAGGGGAGAAACCUUACAAAUGUAAUGAGUGUGGAAAAGCUUUUGCUGUUAAGUCAACAUUACGUCAGCAUCAGAGGAUCCACAAUGGAGAGAAACCCUAUCAGUGUGUGGAGUGUGGAAGAGCCUUCAGUGAUCAUGCAAAUCUGAUCAGGCAUCAGAGGAUCCACAGUGGGGACAGACCCUAUCACUGCAAGGAGUGUGGAAAUGGCUUCACCAGUAGUUCUGAUUUGGUUAAACAUCAGAGAACCCACACUGGGGAGAGACCUUACAAGUGUAAUGAGUGUGGAAAAGCUUUUGCUGUUAAGUCAAAGUUACAUCAGCAUCAGAGGAUCCACAAUGGAGAGAAACCCUAUCAGUGUGAGGUGUGUGGGAGAGCCUUCAGUGAUAAUGCACAUCUGAUGAGACAUCAGAGAAUCCACAAUGGGGACAGACCCUAUCACUGUAAGGAGUGUGGGAAUGGCUUCACCAGUAGUUCUGAUUUGGUUAAACAUCAGAGAAUCCACACAGGGGAGAAACCUUACAAAUGUAAUGAGUGUGGAAAAUCUUUUGCUGUUAAGUCAACAUUACAUCAACAUCAGAGGAUCCACAGUGGAGAGAAACCCCAUCAGUGUGAGGAGUGUGGAAGAGCCUUCAGUGAUCAUGCAAAUCUGAUCAGGCAUCAGAGGAUCCACAGUGGGGACAGACCCUAUCACUGCAAGGAGUGUGGAAGUGGCUUCACUAGUAGUUCUGAUUUGGUUAAACAUCAGAGAAUCCACACUGAGGAGAAACCUUACAGGUGUAAUGAGUGUGGAAAAGCUUUUGCUGUUAAGUCAACAUUACAUCAGCAUCAGAGGAUCCACACUAGGGAGUAACCUUACAAAUGUAGUGAGUGUGGAAAAACUUUUGCUGUUAAGUCAGCAUUACAUCAGCAUCAGAGGAUCACAAUGGAGAAAAACCCUAUUAGUGUGAGGUGUGUGGGAGAGCCUUCAAUUAGAAUGCAUAUCUGAUCAAGCAUCAGAGAAUCCAUAGUGGGGACAGACCUUAUCACUGCAAGGAGUGUGGAAAUGGCUUCAUCAGUAGUUACGAGUUGGAUACAUCAGAGAAUCCAUCUUAGGGAGAAACAAGUGUAAUAAGUGUGGAAAAGCUUUUGCUGGUAAGUCAACAUUACAUCAGCAUCAGAGGAUCCACAAUGGAGAAAAACACUACGAAUGUAAUGAAUAUAGCAAAAGCUUUAGUAGGACUUGCCAUCUUAGCCAACACCAGUGUAUUCACACUGGGGAAAAGCCUUAUUCUUGUAAUAUACAUGGACAAGCCUUCAAUUUUCAUACAAAACUAACUCAGCACUAGAGUCCACAACAAGAAGAAACGCUUUAUGAAGAUUGUGGGAAAGCUGUUAGUGCUCAGGAACAAUUUAAAAAAGCAUGUAAGGAUCCAUACAUUCAGGAGUCUUUCUGUGUAUGUGAUGAGUGUGGAAAAUUCUUCACUAGCAAAAGACAUCUUCAUCACCAAAGAAUCCAUACUGGAGAGAAAUCCUGUGAGUGUGUCAACUAUGAAAAAACCUUUUGGACUUCUUCCAAGCUAGGUGAUCAUGAGCAUGUCCGCCCUGGAGAAAACUGUGCUGGAUAUUUGUUGUUUUGGCCUCCCAGAAUUUUUCACCCCCUUUUCCUGGUAACACGAGGUCUGACAAUUACAUUUGCGAACUUGGCACCAUGCGCUUACAUUGGCAGCAUUGUACAAACAGCUCGGUUUAAUGACUGUUUAUUCAAGGCUGAGUGGUACCUUGCCAAUUUGCAGAACAACUGGCCUUAAUGAUUCUGUUUUCUCAAGACUGGAGGAAUACCUCAUAAAUCUGUUUAUCGCCCAGGACAUUGCCUUGAAAGAAGUUAUAGCCCUGGAACAUCUGCUUCGUUAACAAGAGAUUCCCUCCUUAGGCAGGGACUGAGAUAACCUUAUCUCUGAAAGAAACCAGACUCUGGAAAGCUCUUUUUUUCUUCCUCAGACCCCAUCACCCAGGAAUUUGCCUCAUCAACCCACCUUUUCCUUUGUUUUUCUCCUUGUGCCUAUAAAACCUGACCGUCUUUACAACGGGGAAGGUAGAUUUUCAGACAGAAGUCCACUGCCUUCCCUGAAUGCUGGCUUUUUGAAUAAACCUGCUUUUCUUUCCACCACCCUUUUCUCUCAAUAA